GUUUUACUGACCCUCUCAGCCAUGCCCUUCUGCUGACUGCCAGUCCCAGUCAUGGGCCUAAGGCCUCCCACCCCAUCCCCCUCGGGGGGCUCCGGCUCGGGUUCUUUACCCCCUCCUUCCCGCCGCCAGCCUCUCAGCCGCCGCUGCUCUUCCUGCUGCUUUCCGGGGGAAUACCACUUGGGUCGCUCGAGGAGGAAGAGCGUCCCAGGGGGGAAGCAGUACAGCAUGGAGGCCGCCCCCGCUGCGCCCUUCCGGCCCUCGCAAGGCUUCCUGAGCCGGAGGUUAAAAAGCUCCAUCAAACGCACAAAGUCACAACCCAAACUUGACCGGACCAGCAGCUUUCGCCAGAUCCUGCCUCGCUUCCGAAGUGCUGACCAUGACAGGUACAGGGGCUGGAGUGGGUGGGGUGAGUUGGAUGCAAUAUAGGGGGUUCUUGGGUGAGAUUGGA